UCCAGGCUUUGGCCAAGGCCAGUGCAGCCCCAGGUCCCCGAGCGGCAGGUUGGGUGCGGACCAUGGCCUCUCACAAGCUGCUGGUGCACCCCCCCAAGGCCCUGCUCAAGCCCCUCUCCAUCCCCAACCGGCUCCUGCUGGGGCCGGGUCCCUCCAACCUGGCUCCUCGCAUCAUGGCAGCUGGGGGGCUGCAGAUUAUUGGGCCCAUGAGCAAGGAUAUGUACCAGAUCAUGGAUGAGAUCAAGGAAGGCAUCCAGUACGUGUUCCAGACCAGGAACCCACUCACACUGGUCAUCUCUGGCUCGGCACACUGUGCCCUGGAGGCCGCCCUGGUCAAUGUGCUGGAGCCUGGGGACUCCUUCCUGGUUGGGGCCAAUGGCAUUUGGGGGCAGCGAGCCGUGGACAUCGGGGAGCGCAUGGGAGCCCGAGUGCACCCGAUGACCAAGGACCCUGGAGGCCACUACACACUGCAAGAGGUGGAGGAGGGCCUGGCCCAGCACAAGCCAGUGCUGCUGUUCUUAACCCACGGGGAGUCGUCCACCGGCGUGCUGCAGCCCCUUGACGGCUUCGGGGAACUCUGCCACAGGUACAAGUGCCUGCUCUUGGUGGAUUCGGUGGUAUCUGUGGGCGGGACCCCCGUUUACAUGGACCAGCAAGGCAUCGACAUCCUGUACUCGGGCUCCCAGAAGGCCCUGAAUGCCCCUCCAGGGACCUCGCUCAUCUCCUUCAGUGACAAGGCCAAAAAGAAGAUGUACUCCCGCAAGACGAAGCCCUUCUCCUUCUACCUGGACAUCAAGUGGCUGGCCAACUUCUGGGGCUGUGACGACCAGCCCAGGAUGUACCAUCACACAAUCCCCAUCAUCAGCCUGUACAGCCUGAGAGAGAGCCUGGCCCUCAUUGCGGAACAGGGCCUGGAGAACAGCUGGCGCAAGCACCGCGAGGCCGCGGCGUAUCUGCAUGGGCGCCUGCAGGCACUGGGGCUGCAGCUCUUCGUGAAGGACCCGGCGCUCCGGCUGCCCACAGUCACUACUGUGGCUGUGCCCGCUGGCUAUGACUGGAGAGACAUCGUCAGCUAUGUCAUGGACCACUUCGACAUUGAGAUCAUGGGUGGCCUUGGGCCCUCCACGGGGAAGGUGCUGCGGAUCGGCCUGCUGGGCUACAAUGCCACCCAUGAGAAUGUGGACCGCGUGACAGAGGCCCUGAGGGCGGCCCUGCAGCACUGCCCCAAGAAGAAGCUGUGACCUGCCUGCUGGCACACACCUGGCGCUGGCACACACCUGGCCCAUGCCCACCCUGAGGGAUCAGGAGGAUCAGGAGCAAACAGAUCCUGCAAGGUCCUCCAGGCCUGGGGACAGGAAAGCCACUGACCCAGCCCGGGAGGCAGAACCAGGCAGCCCUUUUCCCUCCAGUGGCACCUCCUGGAAACAGUCCACUUGGGCGCAGAACCCAGUGCCUUCCAAAUGAGCUGCAGUCCCCAGGCCGUGAGCCUCCUGGGAAUGUUUAAUAAAGGGCCUGGCCACCUCUC